AUGAGCGACAGCAUGGGACUGGAACUGGAUCUAUCGGGGCUAGAUCAGGAGCCCAUGGUACCGACUGUAGACGUGACAGAGAUCACGAAUGCUAUUCGUCUUAUUCUCAAGGAUGCAGAUUUGGAGCAGCUAUCGCGUCGCAUGAUCCGCAAGCAGUUGGAGGGGCAGUUCCACACAGACUUGUCGGGCUACAAGGAUGUGAUCAAUGCGACGAUUCUCGAGAUCAUCGAGAAGCAACAGGAUGAAGAAGAGGAAAAGGAGAGAGAGCCUGACUCAAGUGAUGAAGAAGAAGACGAUGACGACUUGGAGAAUGAACAGGAGGAGCAGCGUGCGCCGAGGAAGAAGAAGGCGACCUCUACAAAGAAGAAAGCGAUACCAAAAAAACGUAAGCGGAAGGCUGAAGGAGAGGAAGGAAAGAAGACGGGUGGAGGAGGAGGCUUUAAUGCAGAGCUGUGCUUGUCUCCGGAGCUUGCGCAGGUUGUAGGUGCAAAGACCAUGGCACGACCUCAAGUUGUCAAGGCACUGUGGGCCUACAUUCGAGAGCAUAAUUUGCAGGAUCCAAACAACAAGAAAUCGAUUAUUUUGGAUGAUACGCUACGUGGCGUGUUUCAGCGUGACUCGUUUACGAUGUUCAGUAUGAAUAAGUUUGUCAAACGUCAUGUGCGCAAGCCUGACGAUAUGCCGCCGGGAGGAUGGAGUGAAAUCCCACGCGAUGGCGUCUCAAGUGAUGAAGACAUGGAAGCAAAGGUGAAGAAACCAACGAAACGAAAGAAGAAAAGCGUAUCAAUGGAUGAGGGAGACGACGAAGUCAAGAAGAAGGCGAACCCGUUUAACACGGAGUUAUCCCUGUCGCCGGAACUGGCUUCACUUGUCGGUAGUGACCGUAUGGCACGGCCGCAGAUUGUAAAGGCAUUAUGGGCAUACAUUCACGAGCACAAUCUGCAGGAUCCGCAGGAUAAACGCACUAUUCUUUUGGACGAUAGGAUGCAGCAGGUUUUUCAGCGUGACUCGUUCACCAUGUUUUCGAUGAACAAAUACAUCAAGCGCCAUGCACGUAAGUUCACGGACUUACCGCCAGGCGGCUGGAACGACAUUCCACGCGAUGGAUUGUCAAGUGACGAAGACGAGGUCAAGACUAAGAAGAAAACCCGAAAAGGUAAAUGA